GACGAUAUCCACCUCAACCUCGGUAUUAUGUUAAUGGAGCUGGUUGAUCGAAUGGACUACGGUCACUGCUAUGCUAUUUUGUUCGAUGAAGUGUACGAACAUGCCUUGAGGGCGGAUUUCUUCCAUCACAUUCAUCAUGCCGCCCGGUAUGUGGUAAAAAUCGCCCAAGACGAAGAUACGUUCGAUCCUGGUCCAGCUUUACGGUGCAUUCUCGAAAACAUUCGAAGAGUGGGAUGUGGAGGCUAUGUCAUCCUUAUGGGCAAUGGAAUUCAACUGGAACGUCUGCUAAGAUAUGGCGAUAAGACGCGCAUCCUAGACACACGUGCCCGGUACAUCAUAAUGCACAAUUAUCGACUAUUUGUGCCGCAGCUACACUACAUCUGGAAGCGCAUCGUUGAUGUGCUGUUUGUGCGACCGUUAAGGAAAAAGAGCUUCAAGUGGACGGAGCGAAACCGGGACAGCUCGCCUGUGUACGAAUUAAGCACAGUUCCCUUUCCGAUGCCAAUCAAGGGAGUGUUUUUCUCGAAAAUUGUAGACUUUUGGCAAGCGGGUAAAUUUCGGCUGAUAAACACCACCUUUUUCGCCGAUAAAACCAGCGAUCUUCGCCACCAAAAAAUGCAUGUCGUUGUGCUAGAGCAUACACCGGCCGUGUUCAAAUCGCAAUCACUUGAUGGAGUGUCGAUAAAUGCUACUAAUUCCGACAUUGCGAGGAGCAACCUUUCGACGGCCGCCGCUUCUACAGUCUACUAUGGGGUUGAAAUCGAGUUGCUUAAAGCAAUUUCAAAGGCCAUGCGCUUCAACAUGGUUUUCUACGAGACUUUCGACGCGGAUGCAGAACGAUGGGGCACGGUCAGGGAUAAUGAAACGCUUACCGGGCUGCUGCGGGAAAUGCAUGAAGGCAGGGCCGAUUUCGCGCUGGCCGACUUACACCACACCGAGUACAAUCUUGGCUUUAUGGAUCUGAGCAUACCCUACAACACGGAAUGUUUAACCUUUCUCACCCCCGAAGCAUUGAGCGAUAACUCGUGGAAAACGUUGAUUCUACCCUUCAAUGGAGAAAUGUGGGCAGGUGUACUGAUAUCCCUGUUUUCCGUCGGGUUCGUGUUUUACGCAUUCUCCAACACGCUGCACUGCAUUCACCAUCACAAGCGAGCAUAUCAACCAGAGCACGAUCUGCUGCAGCGACAUCACAAUCGGAAGGGACGAACGGUCAACCCAGUUAAAAAACGUUGCCUGAGAGCAAUGCGUACAUCGAAGCUGCCCUAUCGCCUGAAACGUUUAGUUUGCCGCGAGUAUAACAUUAAAAAAUACUCCGCUAACAAUGCGCUGAGAAAUCUGCACAUGAUACCGUUCAAGCGCAAACCAGAACCGUGGCAUGAUCCCUUGCCAGCGUACGACAUAUUCGAUACCUUUGCGGGGUGCAUUAUCUACACGUACAGCAUGCUGCUGCUGGUAUCACUCCCCCGUCUACCGGCUGGAUGGCCUCUGCGUGUCCUGACCGGUUGGUACUGGGUGUACUGUGUGCUGGUUGUGGUCGCCUACCGCGCAUCGUUCACGGCGAUACUUGCGAACCCGAUACCCCGGCUGACGAUUGACACGCUGCAGGAUUUGGCCGAAAGUUCCAUCAGCUGUGGCGCUUGGGGCGAACAAAACAGGCUUUUCUUCCAGAUGGCACAAGAUCCUUACUCCCAAACGAUAGGCGCCAAGUUGGAGCAUGCGCCCGACCACAACCAGGCGGUGGAAAAGGUUAGCGAGGGCAUGUACGCAUACUACGAAAACAUUUACCUUUUGCGGCAACUGCGAUCCACCAGGAAGUCGGAGAAGGCUCGACAAACGCUUCACAUCAUGCAGGAGUGUGCAGUGCAUAUGCCGAUAUCGAUCGGGUUGGAGAAAAACUCCCCCCUGAAGCAUCAGGUCGACCGGCAUGUCCGAGCAUUGAUCGAGGGAGGUCUCACCAUCAAGUGGCUUUCCGACGCCAUCGAACGGUUCCAGUCCAACAUUGAGAUACCGCCGCAAGAAGCUACGAUCGAUUUGAAGAAAAUGUAUGCCGGCUUUGUGGCCCUCGGCUUCGGUUACGCUGCAGCUGUGUUCGCUUUUAUCGCGGAAAAAUUGUACUGGCGCUAUUACAUCGAAACCAAUCCUUCGUUUGACAAAUUUUUGCACGGUUUUACGUUCUUUGCAAACAAGCGUAAAGGUUAAAAUUGCUGUUCAUUCACUCACCAAUCACAUGCGCCACAUGGUUAAAUGUAAGAUAGACGUAUAUUUGCUUGUUUUAUUAUGUUCGACAUUUGGGGAGAUUUAUACAACGCUUGCAAACGCUUUUUUAUAAUUUUAAAAUUCAUUCCCUUUACAAAACCUAGUCCGAUAAAUGUCGCGUGUUUUCGUGCAAAACCACACCACAGUUGUUCCAAGCUUCUACUAUUAGACAUUUUGUUUUACUUGUGUCUCACGUUUACUUUCAUCCAUCUUGCUUUAAUUGAAAGCUUUCGUUAAUUAAACUGAAGUUGCAAUUAGACUAAUCGGAAAGAAUAGAAAUUAGGUGCGUUUUCUCAACGGUCAAGCGUCAGCUGCUGGUUAUGCUCGUGUCCCCGAGUCCCGGUACUUGAUGCAGUGAAAUUCAAUAGGAAUAGUUAGUAUGGGCGAUAUAUAUGCAAGUAAAUUAGAGACGGUAGACAAACGUACCUUUCAUCAAAUUGGUUCAAAAGGCUAACCUAUUGCUGCCAGGAUCUUCGCAAGGGAUUUUUUUUAUACACAUAGUUUGAAUAUCUAAAAUAAAACAAUACGGAAGUUUAAAAUGUAUGUAGCUCUAGAAUCAAUAUGAAUUGUGUAGUCAUUCGCAUAGAUAUUUGAUUUUAGUAAUAAACUCACUUCAAACAAAAUGAGAUAAGUUUUAAAAAUGUCCCAUAACCAAGAAUGCCGUUCUUUAGACCAUUUCUUUAUGCAUGAUCGACUAGUCAGUAUCACGCUUGUGGCAUCAAGGAACAAUUCACAAUCAGUUACCAUCCUGUGCAUUACCAAGCCCAUUGCAAACUAUGAGUAAAAUUAGUUGAAACUGUAAGCAAAAACAGGCAACUUCUCUUUGCCCUGCCUCUUCCUUCAAUAUUUUUCAUUACUUUAUCUGGAUGAUCAAUUUCAAUGCCAUGACAGCCAUACAGUUAUUAUUGAGCUAGCAUUAAAAGAAAACAAAAAAUAUAAUAUAGUAGUAAGGUUAUCUAAAGUCAGUCGGGUUUGGCAAAUUUCGGUCGAUUUAGGCAAAUUUUUGUCAGCUUGCAUUUUUGUUUGUCCAGUUUUGUGUUUAUUGAAUUAACACCGUGCUCUGCAGUCUGUUGUAUAAGUUGUAAAAGAAAUGAAUCACCGAAAAAAAAUGUAUCUAUAGGUAGAGUUACAAAAUGUUUCCUAUCUUAUUUUUGUUAGGCAAAAGUCCAACAAUGUUACAAAGAACGAAACAAAUAAAAUUGUGCGAGUAGGAUCCAAUCAACGCACAAAGUAUCACUACAUAAGACAACCUAUUCAAUUUAGGACUACUUCUCAUCACUGUAGAAACUGACGAAUCAUACGAACGAUUCGUUUUACUUACACUUAAACUGGUAUAUUCUGAUCUUUCUAGUAACUGCUUUCUAGUGAGAUCGCAUUCGAUGUGUCAUCUCAAAAUAACGAACUAAAUCAAACCUUAAGUUCUAUUGUUUUUGCUUGCCAUAUAUGCACUGUUGGCAUACACUUCGUCCAGUUUAUAUGUGUAUUUUCCAAACCUUCCACUCUGGCUUACAUCGUUCUUUGCAUUCUUAAAAAUAGCUCAAUCUAACUAAAGAUGAUAGUUAGGGAAAAACUCAACGGCCCCUGUAAGAAUAUUUUUCAAAAAUUAUUGAAUGAAGUUCACCUCACGAUGGUAGUGGUAAUCACAGUACUGAAUCUAUUUCAUUGUGUGGAAUACGAUUAAAAUGACCCCGCAUCAUCAAACGAAAGAAAGAGAACCAAAAGGCAAUGCUAUUGAUCGCAAACA